AUGAACAUAAGAGAUGUUGCAAGUUUGAUAGCAGACAAUAGUUAUCCAGAUAGACCGAAAGAAUUGGAAAGCGUGUCUCUUUAUGAGUUUGCACAGUGGUACGAUCUCACAAAGAGUAAACCAAAAAUUAAGAAUGUCGAAUAUUACAUAAUAGAUAAUGGUCUUUAUCUUAAACGACGAAAACGUGGAUAUCUUAUCAAUCAUUACAAAUACAAUGUUAAUAUACAACCAGAGAAUUAUUUCUUUGCAUUAUUACUCAUGUUUAAACCAUGGCGAAAAUUAGAAGAACUUAAAGANUGUGAUACAUAUACAAAAUCAUUUCACAAAGUAAACGUACAUCUGAUAGAAGCAUUGCAAUAUNAUGAAAAAAUAGACAAAGAAGUCNAUGUAUCUGAUAUGAAAGCAAAAUUAAAUACAGAUCAAAAAAGAGUGUUUGAUAAAAUUGUUAGCACUGUAAGAUCGGAUGAAUCAAUAUUACGAUUGUAUAUUAGCGGAGAAGGUGGAAAAAGUUUCUUAAUUAAAACCAUCAAAAGUUGGAUAAAACAAACUCUCAACAAAGAUACUGCUGUAGCAGUUCNUACUGGUAUUGCAGCGUUUAAUAUAGACGGUUUGACAGUUCAUAGAUUACUUNAAGUNCCUGUUGAACACGGUUUUACUCCAAAAUAUAAACAGUUAUCUGAUCACNUAGUAAAAGUUUUACGAGCAGAACUCAAAGAUGUUAUUUUCAUUAUAAUUGAUGAAGUGUCAAUGAUAUCUAAUUUGACUUUAAUGUACAUACAUCUUCGAUUGUCUCAAAUGUUCGAUACUACUGACUCUGAUGACGGUUGGUUUGGUCGAAAGCACAUUCUUUUACUUGGAGAUUUACUUCAAUUACCUCCUGUACACGAUAAUCCAGCUUUUAUACGCUUAUCAAAGGAAACAGUUAAUAAAUAUCUUGGGUCUAUAGGAGCUAUUAACCUAUGGAUUACUUUGUUUGACUAUGAUNAACUAACAAUCAAUAUGCGACAGCAAGNAGAUGACACUUAUCGUGAAUCAUUGUCGAGAAUUUGUAUUGGUUUAGUGACUCCGUCUGUUACAUAUCGUAUGUUUACUGCCUACUUGCCUUGUUAUAUGUGUGACGUUCUUAAUGCGGCAAUGUUAAAUCGUAUUANGGAGAAAGAAAUAAUAUUAAUUGCGGAAAAUACGAUAGAAUGUACUCCGUUUGUAAAAAAGAAAGUUUUAAAAGUACUGUCGGAUAUAGAAAAUGAUAAUUCUAAAACAACCGGACUUUUGAAAACAAUUAUUAUUAAAAGGAGCAAACUUAUGAUAAGACGCAAUAUUGAUGCUAGCUUAGGACUUGUAAACGGUACAAUAAGUACANUGGUUUCGGUUAUUGGAAAUAUUNUGAAUAGUGAAUAUGUAGAAAAGAUAAAACUUUGCUUGUUGUCAGGUUUAGAAUUUUCAAUUGAGAAAGUAAAUGUUAAGUUUUAGGUGAUGGAAAAAGCUUAUGUUAUUAGAAAANAAUUUCCAUUGUCUUUGAGUUAUGGAAUUACUAUUCAUAAAAGUCAAGGAUUGAGUUUGUCNAAUGCUAUUAUGGACAUAGGUACUUUGAUAUUUAAUUGUGGUCAAAUGUACGUUGCAUUGUCACGACUAACAUCUCUAGAAGUAUUGCAUUUAAGUAAUUUUGAUCCUUUAACUGUAAAAGCAAGUGAAGAAGCUAUUAUUGAAUACAACAGGUUAAAACACAUUCACAAACCAGAAGCAGAAAUGAUUGCUGUUUCAAAACAGAAAAUUCGCAAAGUAAAAGAUUCCUCUUGGACAAUAUCAAAAGUAAUUGCUUCUGUACAUCAAGAACCACAUGACAAUAUUCGGAAAAAUG